AUGGAUGCUGUGGCUGAAACAACAUCCUUCUUUAACACAGCACCCCUUCUGAAAGAUGCUGAUACCAUAACCAGAAAAUUAACCCAAUUUAUUGAUCAUAAUACUUCUUCUUUAUCAGGCAUUGUGGGGCCUAGAAGGGUUGUAUGUGUGACAUCUGGUGGGACCACUGUUCCUUUAGAGCAACGUUGUGUGCGUUACAUUGAUAACUUUAGCUCUGGGCAUAGAGGAGCAACUUCUACCGAGUACUUUUUGAAAUCUGGAUAUUCAGUCAUCUUUCUGUAUAGGAGGGGAACAUGCCAGCCAUUUUGUAGAUCGCUUCCAGAUGAUGCACUACUUGAAUGUUUCGAGCUUACUGAUGAUUCAUGCAUAAAAGUGCAGGAGUCACAGUCUGAAGUAGUUAAGAGGGCAAUUAAGGAACAUCACAAAGCUGUUUCAGGAGGCUUGUUGCUUAAACUGCCUUUCACAACCAUCUUUGAGUAUCUUCAGAUUUUAAGGUUGAUUGCAACAUCAAUGAAGAUAAUUGGAGCAAGUGGUAUGUUUUAUCUUGCGGCUGCUGUAUCCGACUUUUAUGUUCCAUGGGAGACCAUGGUAGUACAUAAAAUCCAGUCAGCAUCUGGUCCUCUGGAUAUGCGGCUGGCUCAAGUACCUAAGAUGCUUUCGGUUCUGCGAAACGAGUGGGCCCCAGAAGCAUUCUGUGUGUCAUUCAAGUUGGAGACAGACAAAGAGAUUCUUUUAGAGAAGGCGGAUACAGCUCUUAAAAGAUGUCGAAUCUCCUUUGAUAAAACUACUUGUGGACAAACAUUCGACUUUCAUCAAUACGUGAACAAUAAACCAGCUAGUGGACUAUGUUUCUCAUAG